CCUGGUUUCUGCACAUGAAACUUGUUGGCAGCCCAGUUACCGUACAACUAGGUUAUGCCUGGGACGUGGCCGUCCAUGGGCCUCAUCCUACCACGACCAUACAUAUUCGUACCUGCGAACACGAGCUGCGCCAGCUGAGUUGCGCAUCUCUUACCUAUCGGCAUCGCAGGACUGGUCAGCUUGACCCCUUGGCUGCCUAUACUUCUCCCGAAACCGUCACGACACCCAGGCAAUAUCGCAGGUGUUGUCGCAGCAGAAGUGACAGAACGAGUAUUGUCUGCCUACGGGACCUGGUGUCGACGCGAGGGUGGGCGAACAACGAUGCAAAUGCCUUGCAAAUGCCCUCGCAAACGUAUGCCUUGUACAAAUGCGCUGUAUAAAUGCCUUGCAAAUGGAGUGGCGAGCCGGACGUGGCGGCAAGCUCCAGAUAUAUAAAUAUGUGGAUUUCGAGCAGGUGAUUUCUGACACAAAUUCACUUUCAAUCAUCCGCAGAAACUCCGACACAUCCGUGCUUCUCCAUAGUUAUGGCUACCAAUAUCACUGAUCUCAGCAAUGUCCAAGGCGACAUUCUCCUCAAAGGCUUGACGAAAGAGGUCGAGACUUUUUGGUUCUUCACCAUUGUCGACAGUACCGAAUUUGGUCACGCUCUACGCAGGGUAGCGAAUCAUGACAUCUCGCAUACACAACAUGUCCUGGACACCCGUCGCCACAUCAAGCACUUCAAAGCCCAGAGAGGCCAUUCGCAUACCGAGAAGCUGCCGACCGUCGGUGCUAACAUCUCAUUCUCCUUCAGUGGACUCCAAAAGAUCGCCGCCGUCACCGGUCUGCAAGUGAGCACAGGCGAUACCAUCUUCGAGACCGGAAUGAAAGCUGCAGCUGUGUCUGAUUUGCACGAUCCUGUAAAAGCAGACGACCCUCAAACUCCAGACUGGGAAGCAGACUGGCUCGACAACCAGAUCGAUGGCGUAUUGCUCGUUGCCGGCAACUGCAAGGAUAUUGUCCAUAAGAAACUGCACCACAUAAUCUCUCAAUUCGGAUCUUCCGUGCAGCGUGCACUCAAGAUCGAUGGUAAUGUCCGUCCAGGGACACAAAAGGGUAAAGAACACUUUGGUUAUCAAGACGGAAUCUCGCAGCCAAUCGUGGGCGACCUCCCUAACCUCACCAAGGAGGAGAUGUUUGUUCCUCCCGGACAAGACAUCAUCCCCCAAGGCGUCAUCCUCUGCGGCCGACCCGGCGACGCCAAAGCCUCCAGCCGACCCUCCUGGAUGCUCGACGGCUCCUUCCUCUGCUUCCGCAAACUCCAACAAGACGUGUCCGCCUGGGAAAACUUUGUCGUCCAAUCCUCCUCCGAACUCGGCAUCUCCCCGGACCUCCUUGGAGCCCGCCUUGUCGGCCGCUGGAAAUCCGGAUGUCCCAUUAACCUCCAACCCGACUUCGACAACACCGAAAUCGCGCGAGACGUCCUCCGAAACAACUUCUUCGAAUUCGACCCCACGGGCCUAAACUCUGCCCAAGAGUUUACCAUUACAUCCGGUCAGCCGAGUGUCAAUUGUCCCCUUGGCGCUCAUAUCCGGAAGACGAACCCCAGAGGCGAUCAACCCCCGGACGGGCGAGCGAGUGUCAAUAUCCAUCGGAUCUUACGCCGAGGAAUUCCAUAUGGUCCAGAAAUGGAUGAAGAUCCUGCUGCGGAGCGAGGCUUGCUGUUUGCGUGUUAUCAGAGUGAUCUCAGUCAAGGGUUUGAGUUGAUUCAGAAACGUUGGGCUAACGACCCCUCCUUCCGCUUCCCCAACUCCGGCCUCGACGCCCUCAUCGGCCAAACCAAUUCCGAACCCACCGUAGGCAUGAAAGGUCUCGUGCCGGACGACGCCAAUCGAGAAUUACACGUGUCGGGUAUCAAUCGCUUCGUGAUUCCCAAGGGAGGAGAGUAUUUCUUUUCGCCGUCAUUGAGUGCGUUGAGAGGGGAGUUGUCGGAUGUG